UGUUUUAAACCUUUAGUUUUGUGUUUAAAUCUAGUGGCAUACGAUUUUCAUCCCUAUUUAUAUACUUCGUGAAGUACUUACUUUUAAAGGUGCAUGGACUACAAAAAAUACAACAAAAAUAAUGCAGUUCCAAUUAGCAGCAACUCCUCGAAAAUUACCAGUAUUUGUAUUUCCCCAAAGUGUUACUUUCUUCUUGGACGAUCAAUCUACUCACAAACAAGUUUUAACUUUAUAUAAUCCGUAUGACUUUCCUGUCAAAUUUAAAGUAUUAUGCACUGCACCAAACAAGUAUAAAGUUGUUGAUCCAGAAGGUACAAUCAAAGCAAGGUGCUGUGUUGAUAUCGUUGUCAGACAUAUAGCACCUUUAGUAAACAAUUGCAAUGUUAUUGAUAAAUUUAGAAUACAAAUGCAAGAGCAUCCAACUAAGCAGGCUAUAGGAAAACGAGAUGUUGAAGCUAAACUUCUUCCUGGGACAACAGAUACCACUGGCAGAUCUACUCCUGAUCCAGAAAUGUUUCAACAGCUUCCCAUAAAUGAAACUAUACAGCAACAAUCUUAUGCACUUCUAGCUCAAAAUAAAGCAAUUGAUAGAGGAACAAAUUAUGUUGCAUUGCUUGCUGGAAUCAUAUGUAUAGCUGGAUUACUUCUACCUGCAGAAGGAGAUCAGAAUAAUGUAGUGCCUGAUUAUCUCCAUCUCUCGAUAAAUUUGAAAUUAAUAUUUUCAUUUGUACUAGGUAAGUAUAUGGAUACCUCUUACAGUUAA